AUGUCUAUAAAAAAGUGCAACGAUAAUAACGAACUAUCGUGUUCAUUUCCAUCUAAAAGGACUGAUGUGAAAAACAUUGAUAGUUAUCGUAAUAACAAUUUGGCUUCUCUUGAGUCUUGGAAAAAGUAUCCAGUGAUUAUCAGAGGAUAUUCAGAUCCAGUGACCUCAGCUUUAGGAGGAUUAAAAGUGCUCGAAAAGAAUGAAUACGCUCUAUCGACUUUAGAUGAUCCAGAAGAAAAAGUCAAAGCAGUCGUCAAAUUUUAUCAACAAAAACACAUAAUAACUAAACGUAACGAUAUUAAUAAUAUCUUAAAUAAUAGUAGAAUUGAUUUAUUACAAAAUGAAAUUAAAAAAAAAAAACAUUUGCAAGAUAAAGAAAAAUCACUAGAAAGAUUUGUUGAAGCAACAGAAAAAAAAGGCAGUGAUACAGAAAGUGAAAAAGAAAUGUCUGACAAUUUGAUAACCGAUGAAAAUAAAAAAAACAAAAAACGAAAACGAUAUUAUGAUAAAAAUAAAAUACAUACACCGUCAAAAAAACAAAAAACGAGUGGUGAUGCAAGGGUUGAAAAAUCAACACCUGAUACUGAAUCAAAUUACAGUGUAUCUAGCGACGAGAAAGAGAAUUCAAUUGAUCCAAAUAAACUUUCUGCUUAAAAAAAAAGCCUAUAUCUACUAUUUUGACAUCUGAAGAUGAUACAUCAAAUGAAACAGAUGUCAGAAGUCCAGUAAGAUCAGACACUCCACCAGUACACACAACGCCUCAACUUCGAACUAACAAAGUUGUGACUGAAGUAUCAAAAGAUUCUAAUUGCAAUGGAAAUGGAGUUUCAAAUUUUUCAUCAAUUUUUAUGAGUAAUGUUUUACCAUCACAGCCUUUAACAAGUAUAUAUCGAAUAUCGGCAACUAAAAGCAGCGAUAGGAACCAUUCGAUCGACUUUACCCAAAAUAGUUCAAACGACAAAAGACAAUAAAUUUAUGCUUCAGCAAAUGUUAAAUAAAAGAGUUAAUA